UUCCUUUGUGUCGGUCGCAAAUUACAAUCUAAUAUACAUUUUUUCCUCAAAUUUUAUUUAUUGUACUGUAUUUCCCCAUAACUGCUUGUCCUUUUUACAGCAAUUUUACCCCCUUCAUUUACUCAGUUUUCUUCGUUAGGGUUUUUCCCCGUUCAAUAGAUUUCCCCCAAAUUGUUUGAAUUCCUCACAAUUAUUCCUAGUGAGAUGUGUUCACUGACUUGUUUAAGGUAAUGAUUCGCAUUUGCUCCUUCGAUUUCACCCUUAGAUCGCGCACUCAGAUUCAGCUCAAAUUCAAGUGAAAUUUCUUCUGAAACCCUAAUGGCGUCGGCAUCUAAGCAAUACUACGCAACCAGCAGUCUGGUUAUCGGCUACGCACUGUGUUCGAGCUUACUCGCCGUGAUCAACAAAUUCGCCAUUACGAAGUUCAAUUACCCGGGCCUCCUCACCGCUCUUCAGUACUUCACCUCCGCUCUCGGCGUUUGGGUUCUCGGCAAAUUCGGUUUCCUGCACCACGAUCCCUUCAAUGUCGAAACCGCAAAGAAGUUUCUCCCCGCAGCAUUCGUCUUUUUCCUCGCAAUCUUCACCAACACGAAUCUCCUUCGCCACGCAAAUGUCGAUACUUUCAUCGUCUUCAGAUCUCUCACACCGCUCCUCGUUGCGAUCGCCGAUACCGCGUUCCGGAAGCAGCCCUGCCCUUCGAAACUGACGUUCGUCUCUCUUGUCGUCAUUUUAGGUGGUGCUGUUGGAUAUGUAGCCACCGAUAACGGGUUCACUCUGACUGCGUAUUCGUGGGCUUUCGCGUAUCUGGUCACGAUUACGACCGAGAUGGUGUACAUCAAGCACAUGGUGACUAAUCUCGGCCUCAACACAUGGGGGUUUGUGUUCUACAAUAAUCUGCUGUCGUUGAUGAUGGCACCCCUGUUUUGGAUCAUAACCGGGGAGUACGCCGACGUGUUUGCAGCGCUGUCGUCGUCCUCGAGCGGUGGAGAUUUGUUCGAGCCUGUCGCGUUUUCCGCGGUGUCUUUAUCUUGCCUGUUUGGGCUGCUUAUCAGUUUCUUUGGUUUCGCAGCAAGAAAGGCAAUCUCCGCCACUGCAUUUACGGUUACCGGUGUGGUGAACAAAUUCUUGACCGUGGCUAUAAAUGUGUUGAUUUGGGAUAAGCAUUCGACUCCUUUUGGUUUGCUGUGUUUGCUAAUGACUAUCGCCGGAGGGGUUCUUUAUCAGCAGUCUGUAACCGGAGCAGUUGGGAAUGCUUCGAACUCUGCAUUGUCGAAGCAGUUAGACACUAAGGAUGAUAAAGCAGAUCUCGAUGAAGAGAAAGAUGAGACUUCACACGGCUCGUAAUUCAGAUGUUUUCAACCAUUCAACCCAGGAUUUUAAAUGUAUGGAACAAUUUAGUUUUUACUAUAUAAAUGCAUAUGUGCUUUAAAAUGUAACAGACAAAUAUAUUUUUCCAUAUGAAUUGAUGCCGAGGAUUAGUAGAAAUUUGUUUGCCGUUCGCUUUUAUUGGUACCUCUGUGGAGUUUGGCUGAAUUUAUAUAGUUUACUACCGUGGAUGGGGAACGAUUCUGUUUUCUUUCCGGUAUUUGGUUUUUUUUC